UGGGUUAUUUUAAUGUUUUUGCACCAAACAAAAAACCAAAGCCAAACGUCCGUGAGUCCUACAGCGUGCAACGCAUCAUUCGAACUUGCAGCUUUAAGGAUGCUGCGCUGCGUAACGCUGAACGUGACGAAGCGCUCCUCGCGUUCUUCGGCCGUCCGCGGAAUGCGUGACGCGAAUGUCACGGACAACGUGGACGCGAAAGUGGAUCGCUAUGACGAAUCCGCGAUGCCUCCUUCAGUCGUUCCAACCUUUGUCACUGUUUCGAUCCGGUUUUUAGCUCGUUGAAAGGCUACUGAACAGCCAGGAUCCGUCAGGCACUCGAGCAACAACGCGCGGUUUUCUGAGUGACUCUGAACGUACCCGGGACCGAAAUGAUCUCCGGCCACCGUUUUUACGCAGUGUUUAGGCUUUACACUGUCGUAGUGCACCGCUCUUCCCAGAUUUCCCUGCGCCACGACAUCCAGCUCUAAUUCAUCUCUGCCUCUGAAGCUUUAGAAGUGUAGCCUGCACUACACGGAGUCUUGGUCAGCGACUAACAUGUAGCAUCUUGAGACUGGGAAGACCCUCCUCCAUGAGCGCACGGUGUUCCGCCCCAGAAGACACAACACCGCUGACUGGCCCAAGUCCUUCAAAGCCGGUCACCCUCUUGAAAAGCAGCUUCCUAACUGUUGCCGUGGCAGCAGGAACCUCUAAUAAAACAUUCUUCCAACUUGGGGAGUUUCUAAUGCUAAUUUCUAAUCUGAAUUUCUAAAUUCUAGUUUUGAAUUGAGUGUCCUGACUCGGUGUGGCUUGUGUUUGCUGAUCACUCCCAUCCUUCCCAUCCUGUUGUUCUGAAGCCGCUAGCUGCAGCUCUUGGUCCGUGUCGGGGGAGCUCGUGGUGGAGGUGCGCUUACUUCAACAGCCUUCGUCCUCCGUCAUCCCCCUUAGCCCCGGCAUGGAGAGAGCCAACGGGUCUCCAGCAGGAAGUCUGAGGAUGCUGAGAAAGCCAGAGGAACUCGGAGGGGGCGUGAGACCGACUGGGGGGUUGGCAGAAGACGUGGAAGGACCUUCCGAGGGUGCGCCAGAGGAGGAUGAGGAAGAGAAGAAGAGGACUGCUGCAGCUGAGCAGGCUGCGGCCAGAGAGGGUGCGGCUCAGAGGCAGCUCAUGGCCACCCAGGAGCUGGUGGACACGGAGAGGAACUACCUGAGAAACCUGCGUGUUUGCACGGUUGAUAUUCGUGGCAACCUCCAAAAAUUACAGCCCCCCCCCGCCAAUCUGGAUGGUAUGUUCCUGCACAUAGACAAAGUAAUGAACGUGUCGGCCAGGUUCCUCAGCCUCCUGGACCAGGCUCAGAUGGGGCCCAGCAAUCAUCAGUAUCUGGAAAUGCUUUGUGGAUCUUUCUUGAGUUUAUCACAAGACAUAGAGACCGCAUACAAGGAGUACCUGGCCAACUACAGUAACGUCACAGCCAUAGAGAACGGCUACAAACAGAAUGAGUCCCAGUGGAAGGCGAUGGUGAAAAUGAUCAAGGCCUCCGUGCCCGAGGUGAACGCCUCCACGCUGACAUUCUUCCUGGUGAUGCCCGUGCAGCGAAUCACCCGCUACCCGCUGCUGCUGCAAACCAUCCAGAAGCACACGGACGCCCAGCACCCAGCUUACGCCAUGCUGGAGCACAGCGCCCACACCGCCGUCCGGAUCAACUGCACCAUCAACGAAUACAAACGUUUCCGGGAAGUGGCUGAUAAGUAUAAGAAGACAGAAAACCUGACCAUCAGGGACAAGAUCAACCGUCUGAGUAGUCACAGCAUAGCCAAGAAGACAGCUCGGCUGAGCCAGUACAUUAAGCAGGAGACUGGAAUGGUACCAAAGCACAUAGAUGAAGAGUUUAACGCCCUGGCUGGCUUCUUCUUUGUUCUGGAGAAGGGCGUCGUGGAGCUGCAUGACAACAUGGAGGCCUACCUCGGUCACCUGCAGAGGUUCCUCAGCUGCAGGCCGGAGGAGGCCGACCUGGAACAGGAAGGCGAGAAGGCCGCUCUGUUCUCCAAGGAGAUCACUGUGGCGCUCAGGCAGUGGAUCUAUCCCGCAUACGAGGCCAGGCUAAAGGCUCUGGUCUUCAAGCCGGUGUGCGCCCUGCGUGAGCUGACGGCCGGCCCGCGCAACCUGAUCCGCAAGCGCCACCACAAGCUGCUGGACUUUGAGCUGCUGGAGGAGAAGGGCGAACUGAGCUUCAAGGAGAAGGCGGCAGCUGAUGCCUACACCACCAUCAACGCGCUGCUGCUCGCUGAGCUACCGCGCUUCAACGGCGAGGCCGCGCAGCUGCUGUGGGCGGCGCUGGGCGCCUUCAGCCUCCUGCAGAGGGACCUGGCCGCCGACAUGGAGCAGCUCAUCACCAGCUUUACCCAUCAGCUCCCGCACAUCCAUCUGGAAGACGGGGCGUUCCGGGAGUGGGUGGAGGGCUCGCUUCUGCAGGGUGCCACUGAGCUGCAAGCGCUGUGUCGGAGCGUCCGUGAGGAGCUCAAUGCCCCCAUUGUGCAGGCCCCCGGCGCAGAGGCUGAAAAGCGCCUCAAGGCUCUGGUCGGCCGGCACGGGCAGGAGAAGAUCUACCAGCUGACCCGGCCGGUGGUGGCGACGCGCGACCUGGACCUCAGCCUGAACAAGGGCGAGCUGGUGGCCGUGCUGAGCCAGAUGGACACGCGCGGAGACCGGCGCCGCUGGCUGGUGGACGCUGGAGGUCCCAGGGGCUACGUCCCAGCCAACAAGCUGACCAGCUACCACCAGGUGACCGCGGGCCCUCUGCCCUCUCCCAGGCCCGGCGCCACACCCAGCGCGCCCGGACGGCGGCACUCGUACACGCCCGGGGCUCAGUACUCCACCGCCACGGCCCCGACCUGCUUCCAGGUGUUUGCCAGAUAUGACUUCACGGCGAGGAGCAGUCAUGAGCUCUCUCUGCGUGCGGGUGAGCCUGUGCGGGUGGUGGAACCCCACGACAAACGGGGCAGUCGCGAGUGGUGUUUGGCGGAGGUGCGGGGCCAACGGGGCUACGUGCCUUCCAACUACCUCACCAUGCAGCCCCCCGCGGCGGGUUUACCCAGCUUCCCUUACUGCUAGCUCCCGCUGCUCCUGGCUGCCCCCACCGGAGCCACGUUGCUGCUGCUGUUCUUGCGGAGGCGCUCUGGUUGGCUGCACUCUGAACACAGACACACAGACACACACAGAGGCCACUACGAAUACUCUUAGAGAAGGGCUCUCCACACUUGCGGGGGUGGGAACCAAAUCUUCUGCUGCUUGUGUGGACUGAAGAUGUUCACCUCUCUGCGGUGGAGAGGACGUUCCAGCCCUCCAGCCGGACCGGAGCAGGGGAGCGGCUUUCAUCCAGGUGGCUCCUGUUCCCCUCGGGCUCCGCUAGGCAUUGCGUCUCCUCGCUGGAUACACAGGGAUUCUGGAUCUGCUCUGCUGCAGAAGUGAGUCGUCUCUGUGCCCUGGGGGCCCUGCGAGUCGUCUCUGUGCCCUGGGGGCCCUGCGAGUCGUCUCUGUGCCCUGGGGGCCCUGCGAGUCGUCUCUGUGCCCUGGGGGCCCUGCGAGUCGUCUCUGUGCCCUGGGGGCCCUGCGAGUCGUCUCUGUGCCCUGGGGGCCCUGCGAGUCCUAGCUUUUCUGCAGGAGAACGUGCGCUGGAUACCUGCCCUGCCUUGGUAUUUACUUUCUACUUCACACUGGACGAGCUCAUUAUGUAACAAUGGAUGAGCUGGUAUUAACAUAACUGGAACUACUGCUACUGGAAUUACUGGAACUAAAGUUUUGCUCUUAUAUGCACACUGUAAAAAGAUUGUAUUAGAUGAAUUAGUUUUUUCGUGUGAGACACUGUGGUAAGAGACCUGUAACUGCGCUUUUGUUUCUACUUGGCUACAUUCAGAAAUGUACACCGUUUGAGACCUUUGUAAAUAUUUGUUUUAAAUUUGUUUACUGCUGCAUCAAAUGAGUGAUUUGGCCCAGUGUAACUACCAGAGUCCACAAUGAAAGCUGUACAGCGUGA